AUGAACUCUUCAUCAGGAACACCAUUGGGAUCAACUGCAUUUGGUGACAGAGAAAAGGCUGCUGAAGGCCAGUGGGCAAGAGCUCAGGAUGCCGAGAAAUUAAAGGCCAUUAGAGAAAAAAUGCAAAAGGAUGCCGAGGCUGCUAAAUCCAAAGACAAGCAAUAA